AUGGCUCGCACAAAGCAGACCGCUCGCAAGUCCACCGGCGGCAAGGCCCCGCGCAAGCAGCUGGCCACCAAGGCCGCCCGCAAGAGCGCCCCGGCCACCGGCGGCGUGAAGAAGCCCCACCGCUACCGGCCCGGCACCGUGGCGCUGCGCGAGAUCCGGCGCUACCAGAAGUCGACCGAGCUGCUGAUCCGCAAGCUGCCGUUCCAGCGUCUGGUGCGCGAGAUCGCGCAGGACUUCAAGACCGACUUGCGCUUCCAGAGCUCGGCCGUCAUGGCUCUGCAGGAGGCCAGCGAGGCCUACCUGGUGGGUCUGUUUGAGGACACCAACCUGGCAGUGGUGGAGGCUAUGUCUGGUCGCGGCAAAGGCGGGAAAGGCCUGGGCAAAGGCGGCGCCAAGCGCCACCGCAAGGUCCUGCGCGACAACAUCCAGGGCAUCACCAAGCCCGCCAUCCGCCGCCUGGCCCGGCGCGGAGGAGUCAAGCGCAUCUCCGGCCUCAUCUACGAGGAGACCCGCGGGGUGCUGAAGGUGUUCCUGGAGAACGUGAUCCGCGACGCGGUCACCUACACGGAGCACGCCAAGCGCAAGACCGUCACGGCCAUGGACGUGGUCUACGCGCUCAAGCGCCAGGGCCGCACCCUCUACGGCUUCGGAGGUUAAGCUGUUGCCGCCUUUUCUCCACUGUCG